AUGGCAAAGCGGAAGUGGGAUGGCAAAGGAGGAAGGAAAGGCGGAGGCAGAGGAAAAGGCAAAGGCAAGGGCAGAGAGAAGGGCAAAGAGAAGGGCAAAGACAAAGGAAGAGGAGGCGAGAAGAAGCUCCGGCGCGCCGGGCCCAUGCCUAGCCGCGCGGUGCUGGUGACGAGCCACACGCCCUCCCUGUGCCAGAAAGCCACCCGAGAGGCCAUCCGCCUCCUGGACUCUGCCCUGGGCGAGGGCGAGGAGCGGCUGGACGAGCCGCUGGACGGCGAACGUCGGUCGGUGGGGCAGUCGCUGGAUGCAGAGCUGGAGGCGCUCAAGGAGCCGCGGAGGAAGCGGCUGCGGUUCCACAGCGAGGUGAGCCGCGGGGUGGCGCUCUUGGCCUAUGAGCCGCAGCAGCCCUUGCCCUCGGAGACAGUUCAGAAGAUCUUUGGGCUGCGGAAGGAAGCAAACUGCCCCGGGGCGCGCUUCGUGGUGCGCCUGGCGCCCCUGGACUUUGUGUGCUCCCCACAUCUCAAGAGUUUCCAGGCCGCGGCUGCGGCGACUUUGCCGAACCAAUUCGCCUCGGCGCGGCCGGGCGCUGGGUGGUACAUGGCCUUCCACAGCCGGGCCAUGGGCACCAUCAAGCGGGACGAAGCAAUGCAGGCCCUCAAGGACAUUCUCAGACCACUGGACUUGGAUCUCUCGGUGUCUGACGCCGAGUACACGGUCCUGGUGGAGGUCAACCCCGUGCUCUGCGGCUUUUCGGUGCUCAAAGGCUACGAGCACGAGCUCUUUGAGUGUCAUUUGCAGAAAGCCUUUGAAGACUGUGAGAUCCAGGCAGCCAGCCAAGACGAAGGCGACGAUGAGGACGAUGAUGGGAGCGAAGAUGAAGAGGAAUGUGAGGACGCCGAGGCUACACAAGAGCCUGCCGCAGAAGCUGAGGCUAUACGAAAGCCUGGCGAGGCCAAGGAUGCACAAAAACCUGCCGCAGAAGCUGAGGCUAUACGAGAGCCUUCCGGCGAUUCGGGAGCUGAUGUCUCUUGA